CCAACGAUGAUUGAGUCCAUUAAGCACCGAUUUGGGCGGAUUUAUUCCGGGUCAAUUUUUGACAGAUUCCAAAGGGGUACCAUCACAGAUUUUGGGUGAUUUAUCCGAAAUGCCAUUUUCUUUCGAUUCUGGAGGCUACAGAUCACGGAAUAAGGCCGAGGCUAUUCUCCACCGAUAAUGAAGUCUAUUGAUCCUAUUCACCACGAAUGAUAAAUCUGUUAGCAUAGAUUUGGGCCAAUUUAUUUUCGGAUUGCAUUUUCGUAAUUUCUUGGGCGACGAAAGGCCAUUUUCUUUGAAUAUUGAAGGCUACAGAUCACGGAUUCGGCCUGAGGCUAUUCUCCAAUGAUGAUUGAGUCCAUUAAGCACCGAUUUGGGCGGAUUUAUUCCGGGUCAAUUUUUGGCAGAUUCCUAAGGGGUACCAUGCCAGAUUUCGGGCGAUUUAUCCGAAAUGCCAUUUUCUUUCGAUUCUAAAGGCUACAGAUCAUGGAAUCAGGCCGAGCUAUUCUCCACCGAUAAUAAAGUCUAUUGAUCCUAUUCUCCACGGAUGAUAAGUCCGUUAAGCAUCGAUUUGGGCCAAUUUAUUUACGUAUGGCAUUUUCAUAAUUUCUUUGGCGACGGAGGGCCAUUUUCUUUGGAUAUUGAAGGCUACAGAUCAUGGAUUCGGCCUGAGGCUAUUCUCCAACGAUGAUUGAGUGUAUUAAGCACCGAUUAGGGCGGAUUUAUUCCGGGUUAAUUUUUGGCAGAUUCCAAAGGGUACCAUCACAGAUUUCAGGCGAUUUAUCCAAAAUGACAGUUUCUUUCGAUUAUGGAGGCUACAGAUCACGGAAUCAGGCCAAGGCUAUUCUCCACCGAUAAUGAAGUUUAUUGAUCCUAUUCUCCACGGAUGAUAAGUCCGUUAAGCAUCGAUUUCGGCCAAUUUAUUUUCGGCUCGUAUUUUCGUAAUUUCUUGGGCAGCGAAAAGCCAUUUUCUUUGGAUAUUGAAGGCUACAGAUCACGGAUUCGGCCUGAGGCUAUUCUCCAACGAUGAUUGAGUCCAUUAAGGACCGAUUUGGGCGGAUUUAUUCCGGGUCAAUUUUUGACAGAUUCCAAAGGGGUACCAUCACAGAUUUUGGGUGAUUUAUCCGAAAUGCCAUUUUCUUUCGAUUCUGGAGGCUACAGAUCACGGAAUCAGGCCGAGGAUAUUCUCCACCGAUAAUGAAGUCUAUUGAUCCUAUUCUCCACAGUUGAUAAGUCCGGUAAGAAUCGAUUUGGGCCCAUUUAUUUUCGGAUGGUAUUUUCGUAAUUUCUUGGGCGACGAAAGGCCAUUUUCUUUGGAUAUUGAAGGCUACAGAUCACGGAUUCGGCCUGAGGCUAUUCUCCAAUGAUGAUUGAGUCCAUUAAGCACCGAUUUGGGCGGAUUUAUUCCGGGUCAAUUUUUGGCAGAUUCCAAAUGGGUACCAUCACAGAUUUCGGGCGAUUUAUCCGAAAUGCCAUUUUCUUUCGAUUCUGGAGGCUACAGAUCACGGAAUCAGGCAGAGGCUAUUCUCCACAGAGAAUGAAGUCUAUUGAUCCUAUUCUCCACAGUUGAUAAGUCCGUUAAGAAUCGAUUUGGGCCAAUUUAUUUUUGGAUGGUAUUUUCAUAAUUUCUUGGGCGACGAAAGGCCAUUUUCUUUGGAUAUUGAAGGCUACAGAUCACGGAUUCGGCCUGAGGCUAUUCUCCAACGAUGAUUGGGUUCAUUAAGCACCGAAUUGGACAGAUUUAUUCAGUGUCAAUUUUUGGCAGAUUCCAAAGGGGUACCAUCACAGAUUUCGGGCGAUUUAUCCAAAAUGCCAUUUUCGUUCGAUUCUGGAGGCUACAGAUCACGGAAUCAGGCCGAGGCUAUUCUCCACCGAUAAUGAAGUCUAUUGAUCCUAUUCUCCACAGUUGAUAAGUCCGGUAAGAAUCGAUUUGGGCCCAUUUAUUUUCGGAUGGUAUUUUCGUAAUUUCUUGGGCGACGAAAGGCCAUUUUCUUUGGAUAUUGAAGGCUACAGAUCACGGAUUCGGCCUGAGGCUAUUCUCCAAUGAUGAUUGAGUCCAUUAAGCACCGAUUUGGGCGGAUUUAAUCCGGGUCAAUUUUUGACAGAUUCCAAAGGGGUACCAUCACAGAUUUUGGGUGAUUUAUCCGAAAUGCCAUUUUCUUUCGAUUAUGGAGGCUACAGAUCACGGAAUAAGGCCGAGGCUAUUCUCCACCGAUAAUGAUGUCUAUUGAUCCUAUUCACCACGAAUGAUAAAUCUGUUAGCAUAGAUUUGGGCCAAUUUAUUUUCGGAUUGCAUUUUCGUAAUUUCUUGGGCGACGAAAGGUCAUUUUCUUUGGAUAUUGAAGGCUACAGAUCACGGAUUCGGCCUGAGGCUAUUCUCCAACGAUGAUUGAGUCCAUUAAGCACCGAUUUAGGCGGAUUUAUUCCGGGUCAAUUUUUCGCAGAUUCCUAAGGGGUACCAUCACAGAUUUCGGGCGAUUUAUCCGAAAUGCCAUUUUCUUUCGAUUCUAAAGGCUACAGAUCACGGAAUCAGGCCGAGGCUAUUCUCCACCGAUAAUAAAGUCUAUUGAUCCUAUUCUCCACGGAUGAUAAGUCCAUUAAGCAUCGAUUUGGGCCAAUUUAUUUACGUAUGGCAUUUUCAUAAUUUCUUGGGCCACGGAGGGCCAUUUUCUUUGGAUAUUGAAGGCUACAGAUCACGGAUUCGGCCUGUGGCUAUUCUCCAACGAUGAUUGAGUCCAUUUAGCACCGAUUUGGGCGGAUUUUUUCCGGGUCAAUUUUUGGCAGAUUCCAAAUGGGUACCAUCACAGAUUUCGGGCGACUUAUCCGAAAUGCUAUUUUCUUUCGAUUCUGGAGGCUACAGAUCACGGAAUCAGGCCGAGGAUAUUCUCCACCGAUAAUGAAGUCUAUUGAUCCUAUUCACCACGGAUGAUAAGUCCGUUAAGCAUCGAUUUGGGCCAAUUUAUUUUUGGAUGGCAUUUUCGUAAUUUCUUGGGCGACGAAAGGCCAUUUUCUUCGUAUAUUGAAUGCUACAGAUCACGGAUUCGGCCUGAGGCUAUUCUCCAACGAUGAUUGAGUCCAUUAAACACCGAUUUGGGCGGAUUUAUUCCGGGUCAAUUUUUGGCAGAUUUCAAAGGGGUACCGUCACAGAUUUCGGGCGAUUUAUCCGAAAUGCCAUUUUCUUUCGAUUUUGGAGGUUACAUAUCACGGAAUCGGGCCUAGGCUAUUCUCCACCGAUAAUGAAGUCUAUUGGUCCUA